UUUACGUAUUUUAUUUCUAACUUCGUUCAACGUCAAUCGAUUUAAUUGAGCAAUUUCGAACAUGAAUUUGAACAAAGCCAGAAAUGAAAUGAUCACGAUGUCCGAGCAAGUGUGCAAGGAUGCGGAGCAGUGGCAACGGGGGAUCCAGAAUGGUCAGGUGGCCAUGAAGCAAAUCAGGACCAUAAAUCUUAAGCUAUUCAGCACGGAGAAUAAGCUCAACAAUGCGGACUCCCGUAAGGAGCUGCAGAUCACGGAGAAACGAAUCAACCAGUUGUACCAACGCCUCCAACGUCCUCUCGCUACGAUAGACAAAAUCUUGAAGACCCUGACCGAGAUCAGGGACAACACUGCCAGGAUGUUAAACCGCUUGACUCUAUUUUUGGACGACGAUACACUGGCGAAGCACAUGAUCACGCCCAAGCUCGAGAGUUCCAAGCUUCUGGGGGUGCUGCAGUUCCUGAGCCACCGUUACGAUGCCGAAUGGGAGGUCAAGGAGAUGGUCGUGAACGACCUGGAGAGCAUCAGCAACUCCUAUGAGCUGGAUCUUGUGAUGGAUUGCUGGACCAUUUGCAGUCACGCAGGUGGUCCGGAGUUCUCCAACAUGAUGCGCGAAUAUUACCUGAUCAUUGAUCGCCGGCGACCUGUGGUGAAGCCAAUGUGAAACGAGGAAAUAUCCUAUUUUCGGUAUACCAAGAGGGUCAAUUACAUUUAAAUCCACUAUAUUAAGAAAACACGUUACGUUUUAAAUUUGAUGUUAGUUUUAUUUGAAAAAUUGUUUUUUAGUUUGUAUUUGUUACCGCCUGUUUGCCAAACAAAUCUAUAAUCUGUAAAGAAAUUACAAAAAAUUUGUUGUUCCUUUUUUGUGUCGUUUUUGCUUUGCACAUUUAAAAUUUGACCCAUUUUUUGACCUUUGCUAUUUGCUCUUCGAUUUUGCUCUUGUUUCGUUUAUGACUUGGUAGCAAAACAAAACUUAAUUGUAAUUUUACUACAACAACAUUUUGUUUUUGCCCUUUAAUUCAAUUGUAUAUAUUAUAUAAUAUGCAAUUCUGUAGCUAGAUUUUGACAUUCAUGUUCUCGUACAAAUCUCGAUAUAUAUUUGUAUAUAUAUAGUGUGUGUAUGGUGUCUAUAACAUGCGCUCUUUUGUUUUAUAAACAAAUGUCUGUCCUCACUUGAAAUUGCUCCACGUCCUUCGAUUUUGGGGAUUUGUUUUGUUUUCGGGACUCAUCGGUCGGAUGUCCUCGAAACUAAUUUAACUUAAUAAUUGCAUACUAGGCUAGGCUAGUAAAUGUUUUCCUCGACAACGCUUAAUGCACUUUUUUGUUUGUAUCUUCCUUUGCUUUGUGGUUUUUUGCUUUUCUCUUUUUUGUUGUUUAAUUUUUAAUUAGUUCUCAAGCCUUAAACUUGUCCUAAAUUAUCUUUACAAUGAACGUGUAUAACUUGUAGUCGCUCGCAUUUCCUCAACUUAAUCUCCAAGUGAAUUCUGGUUGUCCUUAGUUUAAUCUAAUCCGUAUUUAGAAAAUGUUCAACUCGUAAACUGAGUUUUAUUUAUUAAAAAACUGUUCCCAUUUUGGUUUUAAAUCCAUAUCCAUAUAUAUUUUUCCUUUUGUUUUCUUUAUUUAUUUUUUUUUUUUUUGGUUUCGUUUGCUAUGAAUGCUUGUUGUCAAUUGUUGCGGUAAAUGUUUCGAGUUGGCUUUCAUUUUUUAUAUUUCUGUUUUCAAGACAUUUGUUGUGCUUUACACUUAAUUAUUGCUAUAAUUAUUUGCUUUUAUUGGCGCCCGGCAAAUUUGGUUUCCCGGGAAAUGAAUGAGAGAGUGUGUGGCAACUGAAACC